AUGGAGAUCUCGGAAACUGCUCUUUCUCAGCGGUCGUCUGAGGAUCUAGAUUUGUUGGUGAGGAGCACGAAGAAGGCUAAACGUAGCGAGCCUUUGCGACAGGUGCAGACGGAGAAAGGAGAUACGGUGGAUCACGGGAUGGCUGACGUAGAAGUUGUGCAUGAAACGCCAGCGGAUAUGAUGGUGACGUCGGACCAUGCGAUCGCACCGGAGCUAUGCAGAGGAGAGGACCCUGCACCGCUUUCAGGGAAUCCAGUUGCGCCCGUCCAGCAAGUGACGCCAAGGAGGACGUACGCGGACAACGUGGUUGGUCACAAUACAGCUGACCAUGCGCCAUGCAACGACCAGGUGAUAUCAGAUUCUAGCAGCGAUGAAUCGGAACCGGAGGAGGAUGAUGAUCCGCUUUGUCCCACGAUCCGGUUGACCAAGAAGGAGAUCGCGGCGAUCCGAGCCCCGUGGAAGAAGACGCUGAUAAUCAAAGUGAUGGGACGCAAGGUGGGGUACGCAUACCUCAAGCGCAGACUGACUUCAAUGUGGAAACCACAGGGACACAUGGAUUUGAUCGCUAUCGCAAAUGAUUAUUUUCUGGUGCGGUUCGGAACAACCGAGGAUUUGGAAUUUGCAAUGUACGAAGGGCCCUGGAUGAUCUUGGAUCACUACCUGAUUGUGAAGCCCUGGGAGCCGGACUUCGAUCCAUACAACGACACCACGGAGAAGGUAUUGGUUUGGGUAUGCGUUCCGGACUUACCUGCUGAAUAUUUUGAUUGUAUUUUUCUCAGGAAGCUAGGGAACCGCAUAGGCAAGAUAAUCCGAGUUGAUCAGGCCACUAGCUUGAUAUCUCGCGGCAUGUUCGCCCGAAUCUGUGUCGAGCUGGACAUGCGGAAGCCUUUGGUGUCAAAAUUUACCUAUGGAGGAAAGAUCAGGCACAUGGCGUACGAAGGUGUGCAUCUGGUAUGUUUCUCUUGCGGCCUGUACGGACACACGAAGGAGACGUGCCCCGCACUAAGGGAAUCUGUGCCUGAGCCGGGAGCCGCGACGACAGCCGCGGGAGCAAGCGUGAACGCAAGAGGCCGACAUCCAAUGGCGGGCCAGAACCCCAAUGCGACGGCGGAAAUUCUGGAUCCUAAGAUCCCCUUUGGAACGUGGAUGCUUGCACCAACGCGAAGGGGGCGUGGGGGGGCGAAGCCGCAGGCCAGUCCGAAGCGCCAUACAGCCGGCCAAGGAGUAGCAACUGGAGACAUGGAGGCGUCUUUAAUCCACGAAUCCACCUUCGCACCACUUUUGGAGGAUGAAGUCGCGACUGAGGCUCCCGUGCAGGCGGAAGAAGAACAGGAUCAGGGGGCAGGUGUUAAUGCUGAAAAGGAGACUGGGCGACAAGGCAGGCAAUCACAGAUGCAGGGCGCAGGUGGUAGGCCAUUCCUGCGUGCCUUAAAAUACCUCCUCCGGACUUAUAAACCUGGAGUUCUGGGACUUUUCGAACCGAAGAUCUCGGGGACUCACGCUAACUCAGUCUGCAUGCAAUUGGGCUUCUCGGAUUGGAUCAGGGUGGAAGCUGUUGGCUUCAGUGGAGGCAUCUGGGUCUUCUGGAAGGACCCGGUGCAGUUGACGGUUAUUUCUACCCACCCCCAAUUUAUUCUUUUGCAGGUAAAGGAGGCGGGGCAGGAACCGUGGUACAUAGCGCCAGUGUAUGGAAGCCCGGCCCACUACCUUCGCAAACGGCUCUGGAGGGACCUGACUCAUCUGAAUUGUGGAAUAAACGGACCCUGGCUCAUCGCCGGGGACUUUAAUUCCACGACAUGCAGGGAGGAAACUUUGAAUUAUAGUUCCUAUUCAGCACACAGAUGCGCGGACUUUGUAAACUGGAUCCAAGAUGAAGGACUCAUUGAUCUGGGUUUUUCGGGCCCACCACUGACUUGGAUGAAGGACGGCCAAAAUAGGGACAGCAAGGGCGGGCGUUUGGACCGAGCCCUUUGCAACUCGGUUUGGAGAACUAGAUUUCCAGAAGCACGAGUGACUCAUUUAGCUCGGAUAGCAUCUGAUCACGCUCCUAUUUUUCUGCAGGUCCUAGGUGAAAGGCGAAGCCGCCCUGUGGCGCCGUUUACUUUUCAGGCGGCCUGGCUCACUAGACCCAACAUUCACGACAUGGUCCACCGAACUUGGAGGACUGACCGGGGUUUCAUUGAAAACACUAAAAUCUUGGCUACGGAGCUAUCCACCUGGAACAAAGAGUCGUUUGGAAACAUUUUCAGACGCAAGAAGAUUCUUCUGUCUCGACUCAGUGGCAUCCAGAAGGUCCAGGCUCACAGGUACCACAAGGGCCUUGCUAGUCUCGAAACGAAGUUAAAAGCUGAGCUUGAAAUGACCCUGCACCAAGAAGAAUUGUUAUGGUACCAAAAAUCCAGGGAGGAAUGGAUUAGCUCUGGAGAUAGGAAUACAACAUACUACCAUGCGGCGGCCACAGUGCGCAAGUCACGCAGUUCGGUACAUCGGCUCUUGGAUGACAAUGGCGUAUGGAUCUCGGACGCCUCUGAAAUGCGCUCUCAUGUACGAAAUUUCUACUCCCAGCUGUUCUUGGGGGAGUCCAAUGGGAUCCUAGGAGGAGGCUUGCAUGCGAACUUUCCUCGCCUUAGAGAGAUUGAUUGGGCUUGUUUUAACAGGGCAGUGUCAAAAGAAGAGGUCCAUAAUGCUUUAAAAGAUAUGAAGCCGUUCAAGGCACCGGGACCGGAUGGCUUUCAAGCUGGUUUUUACCAACAUAUGUGGCCGAAAACGGGGGAUGAUGUUUUCAGACUGGUUCAACAGGCUUUCUUAACAGGGGUCCUUCCGGAGGGGCUGAAUGAUACUCUUAUAGCCCUGAUUCCUAAGGUGAAGGGUCCGGAGACCAUCAAGCAAUUCAGACCCAUUAGUCUCUGCAAUGUCAGUUACAAGAUCAUCACCAAGACUAUCACGAACCGUCUCAAGUUGAUCCUCCCAAAGAUUGUGGGACCGUACCAAAGCUCGUUCGUACCAGGACGUCAAAUCACGGACAACGUCCUUAUUUUUCAGGAAGUCAUGCACACUAUGCGAGGGAAACAAGGUGCGAAAGGGUAUAUGGCGAUCAAACUGGACCUGGAAAAAGCGUAUGAUCGCCUAUCCUGGGACUUCAUUCAAGAUACGUUGGAACAAGCUGGCUUCACCGGACUGCUUAAAGACCUCAUGAUGACAUGUAUCCGAACGCCCACGCUGUCUAUCCUUUGGGGCGGGGAAAGAUUGGAGCCAAUUCGCCCCACCCGGGGCAUUAGGCAGGGGGACGCUAUGUCGCCGGCUAUCUUUGUUUUGUGUAUGGAACGGCUCAGCCAGUUAAUUACCUCUGCAGUUGAGAAUCAGGUUUGGAAAGGUAUAAAGCUUGCUUCUAAUGGGCCCGUUCUAACUCAUUUAUGUUUCGCAGAUGACAUGGUGCUAUUCACGGAGGUGUCAGUGGCGCAGAUCGAGGUGGUAAAGAACGUUUUGGACAGAUUUUGUGCGGCUUCAGGGCAGCGCAUAAGCCUUAAUAAGUCUCAAGUGCUAUUUUCAAAAAACACGGUGCCGGGGCUGGCAGACGACCUCACAAGGCGAUUGAAUAUUGCAAGAACGAUGGACUUUGGGAAGUAUCUAGGGGUGCCGGCAAUCCACGGUCGGGUCACGUGCAAUACCUUCUCCGAUUUACUGACUAGAAUCAACUCCCGUCUGGAAGGAUGGAAAGCAAAGAAUUUAUCUUUGGCAGGGCGUGUGGUUUUGGCCAAAUCAGUGCUGAAUGCCAUCCCGAUCUACACGAUGCAAACCACGGCGCUCCCCAAGAGUUUGUGCUUGGAAAUCGAGAAACGAACGAGGAAAUUCAUUUGGGACGGAAACGACACGGUAAACAAAAUGAGCCUGGCUAACUGGGAUUUGGUUACCACCGCGAAAGAAGCGGGUGGGUUGGGACUCUUGCGGCUUUGCGAUAUGAAUAGGGCAUGCAUGGUUAAACUAGCCUGGCGUAUUAAAAAUGAUAGUGAGAGCUUGUGGGCACGGGUCAUGACCACGAAGUACAGGUGUCCUAUAGGAACGCAACAAGUUACGCAGGGAAGGAAAGGGGUUUCAAAUGCUUGGAGAGGUAUUGCUGAGGCCUGGGAUUUUAUGACUGAGCAUCUUACUCACGUCGUCCGGAAUGGAAUGGACACGCAAUUCUGGAUGGGGAAGUGGAUUUCACCGGAGCCUCUAUAUGUGCAGCUGCGAACGCAAUUGGCUCUGCCGGACCUUUACGCACCAGUUAGGGAUUAUUGGGACGAAAUGCGGGGCUGGAAAUGGGAAUUGCUUGAGGAUGCCCUCCCAACAGAGAUGAAAGCACGCCUCGCCAGUUUCGUUCUCACGGAAGAACACGUGCCGGAUGCCUUAGGAUGGGACCUUGAUCCCAAAGGAAUGUUCACUGUGCGGUCAGCUUACAGUGCAAUUGUGAAUGGUCCUAUAGACAAUACUGAUGGAAGCUGGAAGAGAAUGUGGCGUAUACGCGUGCCCGCCAGAAUUUGCAUGCUCUUGUGGCUAGUUCUCCACGGAAAGAUUUUGACGAAUGCGGAAAGAGCACGUCGUAAGUUGACAUCUAAUCCUUUUUGUUUUCGAUGUGCAGGUCACCCGGAGGAUUUGAAUCACUUGUUUAGAACGUGCCCGGCAGCGAAACAGGUUUGGGAUGCAGCACUCACAAGCAGAACGCGCGAACGUUUAGACACUUUGCCCUGGGAUGUUUGGCUAGAGACGAAUCUACGGGGUAACGGAAUGAAUGGUUUCAGUGAUCAUUGGCGGGAGAGCUUCUGCAUUCGACUUUGGUGGCUGUGGCGCUGGCGGAAUGAUGAGAUCUUCAAGCAGCAGUCUAGAACCUUGGGGCAGAAGCUCGAGUGGAUUGCGAAUUACGAAUUGGAGGUCCUGGCCGCUUAUUCGAAGCGCAUUCACCCGGAGAAGGGAACGGAAAAUCACACGCCUGACCAAGUGCGAUGGCGGAAACCAGCAAGGGGUUGGGUGAAGCUGAAUAUUGACGGUUGUUGCAAAGCCAAAGACAUGGCCGGUUGUGGGGGUUUGCUCCGCGAUGAAAACGGAACAUGGCUGACUGGCUUUACAUGCAACAUUGGACGCUGCAGUGCUUAUGAGGCAGAGCUAUGGGGGAUGUUACAUGGUUUGUGCAUGGCGAGACGGAGAGGCAUUACAAAAUUAAUAGCUGAGAGUGACUCGGCGCAGCUGAUUAGUGACUUACGACCGAAGAGUGCCACAAGCGACGUCACCAAUAACCUCCUCUGGCGAUGCAUGCGGGAGGCCAGUGCCUUCAGCGAGAUUACCUUUGAGCAUACUUUCAGGGAAGGAAACAUAGUGGCAGAUAUGAUCGCCGCGACAGCUCUUGAUCAUCAGAUUGGUUACCGCGACCUCUCGGAGCCGCCGCUAGCUCUUUGCGAAAGCCUCAAGCUCGAUCAAUUGGAGGCGGCGACUCGUCGUCACCACUGA